ACGUAGCGUAACGUGGGCCUGAGCAAUAACAGUGUAAUCGGUGGCCGUGGAGAAGGGGUCGGUUUCUCUUCGCGCGGGCUGCGAGCUGAGCGCUGCUUGAUUUCUUUACACUCAUGCUGUGUUCCAGUUUGCAGUAAUGGAACAAGAACAGGAUCCAGCAGUGCAAGAAAAUGUCAACUUCAAGGCAAUCAGAGAAGAAUACAGCAGAGCUUUCAUGUUUGUUAAUAAAGCCCUGAAUGCAGAUGAGUUGGGACAGAAGGAAGAAGCAAGGCUUUACUACCAGCAGGGGAUCAACCACUUGCUCAAGGGAAUCCAUAUUCCUUCCCAAGGUCCUGAAUGUGCAGGACCCGAGUGGGACUCUGUCAGGAAGAUGCAGCAGAAAAUGAGGGAGACCCUAAAAAAUGUUACUGCUCGACUGGGCAUUCUAGAUGAGAAUGUGCAGUCCAAUUCCAUGGCAGUGGGUGCCCCUGCUGAGGCCUCCGCUGAGGCAUCUAGAUUAUAUCCAACAGUUCCUGCUAAAGAAAAGCCCACAAGGCCUCCUGUGCCUAAUUCAUUGAAAUCACCAUUUCAGCUACCUUCAGAAGGAGCAAGUGUUGAAUCUGCAGGCCCUGACUGUGUUGUUGGGGUGAAUCCUUCCUCUCCAAAGGCUCUGUCCGUUGAAGCACCCCCUGCUUAUACCCCAGAGGCCACUGAUGGGCACUAUACAGUGUCCUAUGGAACAGACUCUGGGGAGUUCUCAUCUGUUGGAGAAGAGUUCUACAAACAAAGCACACGGCCCCCUCCCAUUCAGAAUUUGGGCGUGGAAGCAGAUGAGCUGAUCCUCAUUCCGCACGGGGUGCAGAUAUUCUAUGUGACACCUGACGGGCAAGUUAGCGCUCCCUCGUAUCCUGGAUAUCUUCGCAUUGUGAAGUUCUUGGACAGUGAUGAAGCACGGGCCCAGAAUCGCCCCCCUGCUUUUCUUCAGGUUUGUGACUGGAUAUAUCCCCUGAUGUCCUCUCGGUCACCUGUUCUCUCCUGCAGUAGUGGAGUGUACAUGUUCCCUGAUGUGAUGUCCCAGGUGUCAGGAUCCUAUGUGGGAGUAGUGUUAUCUUCGGAACUCCCAGCUGCUGAUAGAGAACUAUUUGAAGAUCUGCUGAAGCAGAUGUCUGACCUUAGAGUUCAGGUUCCAGGAUUCCUUGAAAGAAUAGGGUUGCCAUCAUGCACGGAACCUUACAAAGAGCUUUUUGAGGAAAUGUUAAGGCAGAACUCUGAUCUCAGAGUCCAGCCAGCGGAGGCUUCGAGUGAUGUGAUCAAUCUCCGUCAGACUGUGCAUAUUCAACCAGAGCCCGAAGAGGGGGCAAAAGCAAUACCUGAAUGGAGUGAGAAAGUUGCCCAUGGAAUCUUAACAGGAGCCUCCUGGGUGAGCUGGGGUCUAGUCAAAGGAGCUGAAUAUACUGGAAAAGCAAUUCACGCAGGAGCAUCUAAGCUGCGAGAACACAUUCAGCCAGAUGAAAAACCUGUGGCAGUCAACCCAACUGUGGCGAAGGGGCUCCAAGUAGCAAAACACGCUACAGGAGGGGCAGUAAAAGUCAGCCAGUACCUAGUUGAAAGCGUGUGCUCUCUUGCGAGUUGUGUCGGAAGAGAGUUAGCCCCUCAUGUCAAGAAGCAUGGAAGCAAACUGGUUCCAGAUUCCCUUAAGAAAGACAAAGAUGGGAAAUCUCCUUUGGAUGGGGCUCUGGUAGUAGCUGCAAGCGGAGUUCAAGGAUUUUCCACGAUUUGGCUUGGGUUGGAAGGUGCUGCAAAGUGCAUUGCGAAAAAUGUAUCUAAAGAGACGGUUCAGACUGUCAAACACAAGUAUGGGGAAGAUGCUGGCCGUGCGACAGACAAUGCAGUGAAUUCUGCCAUCAAUGUGGGUGUGACGGCUUUCAAUAUCGACAAUAUUGGCGUCAAAGCCAUAGUGAAGAAAACUGCAAAGGAGGCGGGCCAUGCAGUGCUGGAUGAAUACAAAAUUAUAGAAAAGGAGGAGGAGAAGAAGAAGAAAAAAGAUUGACAGUGAUGACUCUUGUGGAUGAAUUUCCUGAAGCCUUAAAGUGUGGUAUAAUUUAUUUAAAAGAAAUGAACUAUUAACAGAUGUUCCCGUUUAUUUUUCUAACUGUAAUACUGCUGGACUAAUUCCAAAAGCUUUAUUUAAAAGCAGUCUCUUCUGGAAUGAUCGUUUCAGAUACUGUCUCGCUAUUUCUGUAAGAAACGGAAAUGCAUUGACGUUAUCAUUAAGCUUCAUGCAAGGAAGGAUCUCAAAAGCUUUUUCCAAACUGAUAGAAAAUUGAGAGUUUAGCUCUGUGUACAAUGGGACUAUUUUUGUAGCCUUAUUUAUAGACAAAAGAUACCAGGAAUAACUAAUUAUAUAAAUGGUUGCUGAGAUAAAAUAUCUGUCUACUGUAUGCACUGCUUCUGGUUUACACAGACCCACUAGCUAAACUAAUAAGCUCCUUUGGAAAUACAAAGUAUAGGCUUUUCAAGUACAGUUUGUUAGAUGAAGAUUUACUUCUCAACGCUUGUUAACAAACCAAAGAUUUAAAUACUGCUAUUUCUUCAGUUAGUGCUGUAGAAAGUUAACCAAACUGCAUAAUCCUGGACUUCUGUGGAGUUGACAGUUCUUUUCUACUUUGAUGGGCAGGCCUAACCCCUGUAAAUUGGCCUCAUCCAGCCUAUUUGAGGGAAGAGGUUUUUCUGGCUUUCAUGAAGCAGCGCUAGAGAGAAUGGUACAUUCGGCAUAUAAGCUUUAAUCACCGUGCUAUAGAUUUGAUACAGGAUCACUUAACAGCCCUUGCUGAGAAGCCUUUCUAACACAAGUGAAAAUUGCUACCCCAUGUUGGCAUGUGGUAUAUUUCAUAUGGUUAAAUAUUUAUUGUAUUUUACAACUCCUAUAAGAAACCCUGUUGCUGCUAAUAUGGGAAUCACCAUAAAUGAAUGUACCCUUGCUUUAGUUCUUAAGUUCAUUAAGAGCUUUCACAGAUGCCAAAUGUUGUGGUAUUGUUUGGGAAUAAAUCCACUGGUUAAGCAGCUAACGUUUCAAAAUCUGACUGAGCUUUCUUAUGAAUUUAAAACUAAAAAUAAACUUUAAAGGAA